AUGAGUGCUUCAUUAAUCCCAAACAAGUCAUGUUAUACCCAGCUUCAGGACAACUGCAGUGAAAUAAAAAAUAAUAAUGAAAGCAUAGUGAAUGUGGGGGAUACCAACGCCAACCAAAUUGUGACAAAAGUUAAAAGUACUGAAAGGGAUGUUAAGAAAUGUGAUUUGACAGAUGAGAGUGGGAAUAUACACUCUGGAGGAUCAGAGAAAGUUACUCAUCUGAAUACAGAACAGAGCAAACUUCUGACCUUCAAAGACUCUCGGACCUGUCACACCAGUGUACAGGAAAGUAAGCUGCCCUCCACCACAAGCAGGGAGAUGGGGAAAGACUGUAGGACUGGCGAAGCUAAGGAUGUAUCAAGGCAUAUCAGGAUUAGCCGAGGACAAAGUCUGUCCAAUUUAAAAUGUAGCACAAAUGAUGCCAGCCUGGAGGUCGUUUCCAAAGGUGAUGUUGACUUCACCCAGAACUUUUCUAAGGGUAAAAUAUGCAGGACUGUGGAGAUGGAGAGAAUAAAAAGGCUUUCUUUGGGAAGACCAAGUAAAUUCUCUCCUCAAUCCGAGACACUUGCAAAAGAGAGCAUUGGCCGCGUGCCGUGUAAACGUCUGCUUUCUGCAUCGUUAGACUCCAUCGACAGGUCGCACCAUUUGACAGGAAGUACAGAGAAAUCACAAAAAACAUCCACGGAUCAUUUUCUUGGGAUGGUGUUUCAUCCGCUUGACAAUACCUCAGAGGAAAAUAUUGUAUUUUAUUCCAAACCGUCUACCUCAGGGAGCAAGAAAAUAAGUAAACCAGAAAACAUACCAAAUGUUAACGUUGAAAGCACACUGCAUACUUCUCAUUCUCAACAUUUAGCUGUUAAGCCCAAUGAGAUUGCUAGUAAAUCAGAAGCACAGUUGGGUCAGGGUGAUAAAAGUAAAAAAGUGGAGCUUAAGACUGUACCAUCUCUACAAUCUAAAAAUACAUGUCAGCAAAAGAUUGAGAGAAUUAUGCUUGUAGAGUUCCAGGGAUGUCAAAAAGAUGAAAAUACAUCAGUGCAGGAACAGAAAGACUCUGGGUCUGACACAUCAACAUUUCAGGCAUCUCAUUUUCAAGACACCUGUAAUAAAGUAGAGGAUCCACUGUCAAGCCAGAUGGUAACCUAUCCUGGUGACAAAUUGCAAAGUGAUAACAUCAUCAUUGGUGGGGAAGGGAGAGGAAACAAUGACAGUGGCAGCAGGGCAGCUAGCCACGUUGGUGAGGAAUAUUUUACUGACAAAGAAGUGGAAACAAUAUUUCCACUCAGCAGCAGUAGUGAAUCUGAUGGCAAAGUGACACCCAGAAAAAAUGAAGAUUUACAUGAAGUUGACACAGGUUGUGCUGAAACAGUUGGUGAACAGAUCUCUCUUGUACAUAACAUUAAUCUACCUGACAGCAAACUCUUGAAAGUUAACGAGAAUAAACCAACGCUAGUCAAAGGAAGCGCUGAGGACGCUGCUGUGCUUGCUUCUGAUCGCUCAGAUCAGCAUGGAGUGCACAGUGCAGAGACGGUGUCAAACCAACAGCCUGACAACCACAGCAGAGAUGUGGAAACCUCAAGCUUUUCAGUUCCAAGCAAAAAGACAGCUAACGCAGAGAAACAUCCUCCGGAGGAAGCACCAGAGAGCUGUAACGUUUUGGCAAAGGCUGAUGCCUUUUUAUGUGUCCCAACUGCUGUGCGCCCCGUGGCAACGCUGGAUGCUAAUAGUCAGCCCAUGCUAUCAAACAGCAACUUAAAGGACCUUUAUGCACUUCAUGUUGACAAACUGUCACCCUCCUCAGUCCUACCUCCCACUGACAGUACGCAGUUGUUAAAUAUAUCCCCUAAAGUGCCUAUCAAGACUGCUUGCAGCAGCGCCAUCCCCAAACCUAUCCUGGUCCACUCCAAGGGCUCCCUGACAGAUAAGGCGGGUGUGGACAGUGACUGCAGUGAAAAGCUGGACGAGAGUAUCGAGGUGAAACCUGCCAUACCCAGGCCCAAACCCGUGAGACCUAAAAUCAUCACAUACAUUAGGAGAAACCCUCGUUCAAUAGAGCAGCUUGACCCUUCGUUUGCGGCGGCAGGGCUGCCCUUCGCCAGCCCUGCGUGUGCCAUGCCCAUCUCUGUGGAGCAGAAGGCCUCCAAUGGAGGGGAGGCGAAGCCUGCCAGCAUCCUGUAUGACAAAUUUAAACCUGACCUCCAGAAGCCAAGACUCUUUAGUUCUGGACUGGUGGUGUCAGGAAUUAGGCCUGCAGGCCAUCACUUCGGUCCGAUGAGCGAGAAGUUUCUGCAGGAGGUUGGAGAAAGGCCUGCAAAAGAUGAAUUUUGCCCUCCAUCAUAUACUCACUACGAGGUCCCACCAAGUUUUUAUCGAUCUGCCAUGAUACUCAAGCCACAGUUAGGACUGGGUGCAGUGUCCAGGUUGCCAUCUGCAAAGAGCAGGAUUCUCAUUGCAAGUCAAAGAUCCUCAGGUAGCUGUCUCCAUCAGCAAGGAGAAAUAGCAAGUGCUCCCAGCCUCUAUCAUCCUGAUGCUUCAGUUGAUCUUAAGAAAGGCUCAUGUCCAAGUGCUGCAAAAUCAAACCUCCCCAAGCCCUGCCAGUCUGGACUUCGCCCUCCGGGUUAUUCACGGUUGCCAGCAGCUAAGCUGACUGCAUUUGGGUUUGUCAGGAGCUCAAGUGUAUCCUCUGUCUCCAGCAACCAGUCAAAUGACAGUGCUCAGAGUGAUCAAAGCAGGACAACCAACCGUUCCAGCUUUGGAAAUGAAGACCAAACCACUCCUAAGGCAUCUGCACCUUCUAAGGAUGUCCCCAAGGGGAGCAGCAAGAGCACGACACAGAUAUCGAGCAGCACAGCAACUCCACGCAGGAGUUUACUUCCAGCACCAAAAACUGCUACAGCACCUGCUGCUCUCAAGAAAGAAGUACAAAAAGACCAGGAUGCUAACAGACCAGCUGUCUCAUCCCCUAAGAGAUCAGCAGUAACAGCCACCAAGCUCCAUUCACCAGGACAUCCCAAGCAAAGGCCUGCCACGCCAAAGAAUGGAUUGUCCCCCAGACCAGGAGAAAGUCGAGACACUGAAAAGCAGUUUGUUCAGAGACUGAAGGAAAAGUGUGAUGAGCAGUCCAGGCAGUUAAGCAAUAUCCGAGAUGAGCUUAAAAAGGCCAGCUGUGGCUUUGAGGUCUUUGCUGUAACAACACAGCACUUCUUCAGGCAG